GCGUGAGAUCCUCCUUUCCAAAGGGUUGAUUUGGAUUCUCCUCCCCCCCCAUCCGAAAUCGCGAUCUCUUCUUCCUUCCUCCGACUUUCUUGUAUGAUCCAGGGUUGUCUCUAGAACCCUGUGCGCGGCCACUCCGGAGCUCCCCACCCGCUUAGCUCCUCCUAUUCAUUGAUGGUCAGAAUGAGAGGCUGGCUUCAGACCCUGGGCCUCACGGCCUUGCUGGCUGGAGGUGUCCUGGCCAACGAGGUCGAAUUGACACAGGAUGAAGCCCAUCGACAGCGAUGCUCGGGGAUGUAUAGUCGCAAAGCUUGGGGCGGGAACGUCGACCCGUUCAUCUUGACCAAAUUCAUCCAGGCCCCUGGCUCCAGUGAGAGCAACCCCCUCGUCAGUAUGGUGAUAUUCGAAUGGACCGAUGAGAACCUGAUCGGGCGGCUCGUACCGGGUGAUUCCGGGGAACGGGAGACGAUCUGCGACGAAGCCAGUGUGCAAGCCGACCUUUGCGCGGAAGAUCAGAUCGGUACCUUCAUCCUGGCCGCGAAUGCCAGCACCGCCGCCAACUUCCCUAUCAUAACCAAAGCGAUCAAUCUCAACGACCCCGCUGCCAUCAACUAUCCCAUCAAGAAGACCGGUUUCUAUUGUGUGAGCACGUACGGAUACUCCGGUGAGGACUACAAGGCGGUGGUCGAAUUCAGAAAUUCCUACGGUGAACUUCCGGCUGCCCAAAUCGCAAAGCUGCCGUUCUACGGUGGCCUGACCAUCGUCUACGCGGUGAUCGGCCUGUUUUGGGCCUUCUUAUACGUGCAGAACCGCCACGACAUCUUGCCCGUACAAAACUACAUCACUGCGAUCCUCGUCUUUCUGAUCGUUGAGCAGUUGAUGACAUGGGGCUUCUAUGACUACCAAAACCGGAACGGCUUGAAUGUCGGCGCAAAGGCACUCAUGGUCAUUGUGGCUGUACUCAAUGCCGGGCGCAACGCUUUCUCGUUCUUCCUACUUCUCAUCGUGUGCAUGGGAUACGGUGUUGUCAAGCCCUCGCUUGGCCGAACCAUGAUCUACGUCCGUGUCCUCGCGAUCACCCAUUUUAUCUUCGCCGUCAUAUACGCUGUCGCGAGCUUGUCGAUUACCCCUGACAGUGCCGGCCCGCUUGUUCUUCUCAUCGUGCUCCCGCUUGCUGGAACGCUGACGGCGUUCUACGUGUGGACGUUGAACUCGCUGAAUGCGACGAUGAAAGACCUGAUCGACCGGAAGCAGAAGGUGAAGGCGUUGAUGUACAAGAAGCUGUGGUGGUGUAUCCUGGGCAGCAUCAUUGUGAUCUUCGGCUUCUUCUUCAUCAACUCGAUCAGCUUUGCAGGACACAGCGAGGCCAGCUUCGUGCCCGAGCACUGGAAGACCCGGUGGUUUGUCUUGGACGGCUGGCUGAACCUUGUGUACCUGUUCGACAUUGGAUUCGUCGCCUACCUGUGGCGACCCACCGCUAACAACAGACGGUUUGCGAUGAGUGACGAGAUCGCGCAAGACGACGACGGAUUUGAGAUCCGGUCCUUCGGCAGCGCCUUGGAUGAAGAGGAUGCUCUUGGUGGCCUGGACACGCAUUCCGCCUCUGAACCGCGUCGUGAUCUGUCGCCUGUGCCGCCUAAGCCUGUGCCUUCUGCGCCGCGCCACAGAGAAUCGCUGGACGGGGAGACCAUCUUCGCCGUCGGGGAGGAUGGCGACAAAUGGUCCGAUGACGAGGACGAAUCCCCGCGCAACUCGGGCGAGAGACAGCGGCUUACGGGCAAGGAUUAGGCGCGACGAACAAAAGUUACCCCUGCCCCGAAUGGAAGAAGCGUGGGGGCAGCCCGUCCGUUUGCCUACAUCCUUUUCCCGCGGCCGGCUGCCCGUCACCGUUCUUCCCGUGUUGUUGAGGUUCUUCAUGUUGUGUUCUGUUGCUUGCAGGCAAGGCAUAUGAUGGCGUUUGGCCGAUGGUGUAUUCCCGGUGGUUCUGCGUGUGCUCUGUCCUUUUGUUCUCGUGCUUUAUGAGGGAUGAGUAUCUCCUUCCUGUUCUAUUUUGUAUAGAUUCUGCUCGUCUGUAGUUCAAACUGCCAACUAAGUGUUUUAAU